AUUUUUGUAUAGACAAAUUAUUAUAAAUGUUAUCAAAAGCCUCGAAAACCUAUCAAAAACUGUUAAAAGAAAAAUUUCUACUAGUCCAAUGUGUCCAAACCAGCUUUUUAAUGGCCACCGGAGACGUAGUAUGUCAACAAUUAGUAGAAAAACGCGGUUUUCGGAAACACUCAAACGCGAGAACCGCUCAAUUCGCCUUUUUAGGUUUCUGUUUAGUGGGUCCCGCAGUAACAGCCUGGUACAAACUCCUAGCCAGAACAUUCGGAUACGAUAAAAACGCCAAAUCAACAUUAUGCAAAGUGGCGUGCGAUCAACUGAUAUUCGCUCCGGGCUUUUUGGUAAUAUUCAUUUCCAGCGUGGGCUUACUUCACGGUCUAAACGCGGAACAAAUCAAUGACAAAUUGAAAAAGGAACACUUUGAAAUAGUCAAGACGAAUUGGAAAAUUUGGCCUGCCGUCCAAGUGAUUAAUUUUUACUUUGUUCCAUUGAAAUAUCAGGUGUUAUUGGUGCAAGCUGUUGCCAUAUUUUGGAAUGCUUAUCUCAGUUGGAUGACGCAAGGAGGAGGGGACGAAAAAAGUUGAUUUUGUGUUUUUUUUCUUAUCCACUCUGGUUCAAUAAACCUCAAAAUAAUGUUUCUA